GUUUGGCUCCACGCGAGUGGAGAUAAACGAAAACGGCAUUAUUGAGUAACGAUAGCCUUCUUUGUUAAGGUUAAGGAAACUAAAAAAGUAUGAGCGACGACGAAGGCGUGGAGAUAUCGGAGAUAUUCAUCAACAUGGAAUCUAAACAAUUUGUUUGGGGCAUUGGACCGAUUAAAGAGGAUUUUCAAGUAGAUUCGCAUCCAACGGCUCGCGAAGUCCUUCAGGUUCUCCGAUUCCACAUCAUUGCAGUUAGAAAUGAGAUGAAGGCAUUUAAUAAAAUGGAGAAAAAGGUUAAAGGAAUUAAGAAAAAGAAGGUGAAUGCAAUAAAAGUUCAUCGGCACGCACAAAGGAUAGUGGCUAAAAAGUUGAAAGCUGCUUGGGUGAAUGAAGCGAAGAAAGGUGUUGGAUUGCGAACUAGGGGGAAAAUCGGCACCCAGCUCAAAAGGCUCAUUAGGCAAUGGCAUCUCCUGUUCCUUAACCGUAAAAACCAUUCCCCGGAAGCGAAAGCGGAGCGCACUAAAUUCCGUGACCUGAUCGAUCGGGAACUGGACAUCCGCAGGGAAGGAAAUGAGUUCCAAGCUCUGCUAAUUGAGCAAACCUCCGCGGCGGUAAACAAGCCCCAAAUGAAAAAGAAUCUUGUGAUAAAAAAGCAGGAUCCGGGGAAGAAAAAUAAAUUAGGAAUUAGUACAGAACGGAAAAUGCUUCGAAACCUCUGGGUAUCCGGUUUGGGACCGCAGACUAGUGGCUAUGAUUUGAAAGAUGCUUUCAUGUUUCACGGUACUGUUCUCGGAGCGCAAGUGAUAAAGCGGACUUCCGAACCGGAACCCAACACCUAUGGUCGGGUGACGAUGGCAACUAAUCAAAUGGCGGCCAAAUGUAUAGCCAAGCUGAAUGGAACGGACCUGCUUGGACAUAGAAUUAAAGUAGAGCGCAUCUCUCUAGAAAAUUUAAAAGGUGGCGUACAACAAAAUCACGAUGAAAAACAAUUUGGAUCCACAGUACAUGAAGAACACGCCGAGCAAGAGCGUGACGUUCCUAAAAAUCAAGGAAGGCCGAAUAGCAAUCUAAACACCUGGGGGAGUCGCGAUCGAGAACAUAACCGACCUGAUCAGUCCAUGAGGUCCAGACGUUCUGGGUCUGUCGAAUUGGACAACAUAAAACGAGAAAGAUCUGUUGUUGAUCGCGGCAACAAGGAUCGGGGCGAUACAUUCAAUCGAAACAGAUCGAGAGAACGCAGCAUGAGAAAUCGCGAAGAGUCGUACUUCCGCGACAGAAAGAUGCAUGCGUCGUCAAGCGAUUGGAGCUAUCAGAGAGGCAACAGAUCACGCGAUCGAGGUGAUGAGGAUCGUAGAUUCGGCCAGUCUGGUGAAUUGCAGGACACCCAGAUGAACCUACUUGAUGAGGAACGGCGCUUCCGCGAAGAAGAGGAACGGCUGAAGCGGGAACGCGAGGAACUUGCCCGGGAACGGGCGCAUAUCCUACAGGAACAGGCCGAACUGCAACGUUUUGAAAUAGAACGUCGCGCCAAAAUCGAAGAGGAACGUAACGAACUUUUGCGGCAGCAAAGGAAGAUUGAAGAGGCGAAGCGGCAGCUAAUGAAGAGUAUGAGUUCCAAUUCUAAUCGAUUCAGAGAUGAAAGUUUUUCUGGUCAAGGUUUGCAGAACUUUGAUGUAUCAGGGAUGUCGACCGAUUCUCCCUCUAGACGGAAUGCUUACGGAAUAGAAGCUGCGGGCACCGUUUCCGUUGGCAGGACACCAUCCCAUCAAAGACAACAAUAUAACAAAGAUGAAUUCUACCGGGAACAAAAUUUUGAACAUAACGCUGGCGCUCCAGAGAACAAUUUCAGCGCAAAUAACGAUCGCAACUUUUCAUCACUAUCAAAUCGUCGCUAUCAAGAUUCUAAUGCCAACAUGAACACUGGUGACAAUCGUGGCAAUUAUACAGCGCAAGCAUACGGCGAUACCUCGCGUUCUCCUUACCUUAAUAACUUGGACAACGGCAAGCGAAACAACAUGAACAAUUCCAACUCCUUCUCAAUGAGCCAACGCUUUCCGGAUAUGGCGGACAACCGUCCACAGGAGCCGAUGACUAGGAAUAAUCGCUAUGUUGAUCAGACCAAUAACCGCUACCUAGAUAACAACGAUUACGAUAGGAACAACGGACAUGGUUUAAGAAGCUCUAGAUCGUCCCAGUUAGAAGAAAUGACAACAAGAAAUAGCUUCGGAGAUCGGAAUGAUGCCUGGGGAACGAACCAGAACGAUAGCUCUCCUUUGGGUAUGAAUUCGUACAGGAACGCACCACGGCAGCAUCAUCAGAAUGAUCGUGACGGCUACAGGGGGCAGAACCAGGAUAGAUACAGGCCGUCUGCCUACGGCCGGUUCUGAACAGGACAUUCCACUGAAAGAUUUUUAUUUUAUUUCCCAUAAAAGGUACCUUUUCUUUUUUUGAGUUGAGUCAAAUUUAUUGAAUACGAUUAACUGAGUUUUUUUUUUCUUCAAUUUUUAAAUUGUUGAUGUUCUGAAAGAACAGAGCGCUCCAAUUUGUUUAUUUUUUGUUAGUUUCAAAUAGUUACUUUACCAUUCAAUAAUUAGGUGCAAGGAGUGUUUUCUUAAAACGCAUAGCGAAGGUUUGCCUGCAUGAAUUACUUGAUGGUAUUAUUCCUAAAAAUGUAGCAGUGGUUUACCUUUAGAAUAGGUUUUCGAUACUUACAUAUGCAAUCCUUUAUAAUAUUUUUUUUAUUGAUUGGUUCUGCUUCGACCUAUUAAUACACAUCAAACAACGUCACAAAUAAAAAUAAAUGCAUUGACCUAAAAC